AUGGAAAACGAUAUAACUCUAGUGGAGUCUUCUCCUAUUCCAAUUAUGAAAUGUUCUACAAUAAAGGGUUCAUUCAAGAGUCCAUUUCGUAACCGUAUAACAAAGGUUCAAAAUAAAGACAUAUAUAAUACAAAACCAGCUACCACUGUAUACCCGUCUGCUUUCAAUGAUAAGCAGUCAUCUGGACAACAACGUGUGUUGUACAAUGACCUUACGAGACAGAUCAAGGUCUAUCAAAAAGAGAUAUCAAAUUUAUCUCAGGCGAUAAACAUCAUGAAGAAGUAUGACAAGGAAUUAAAGAUAGAAGAACUUAUUAUCAAAUGGCGUAACGUCUGUCAAGGGGCGAUGUCUUACUUGUUCAACGCAACUUUGUUUAAAGUUGACAAGUUGGGCGGCUACGAAGAAUUUAUAAAAAAAGAGAUUGACGCAGAAAAAGCUAAACUUGAGUAUCAAUUAGAUGAUAGUGUAGAGGAAGAUAUAUCUGGCAUUUUGGAGUCUGAUGAAUUCCAAGCAUUACCCCUUGACGAUCAAGAGGAAUGUAAGCUUAAAUUCGAAGAAAAGAGAGAUGAAAUGGAAAGGGUGAAGCAGAAAGCUUUAAAAAUUCUGGAUGAUAAAUUAGCACUAGCCCAAGGUAAAGAAAUCACUAUAGAAGAAUUAUCAAAACGUUUAAAGGUUGAUCAUAAUUUAGUUUAUUCCUCUGCUGAUAUGUAG